AAUUUUUACACAAUUAUACAUAAUAUCAUAAUAUAAAACAAUCUAUUAUUUAAAAAUAAUUGAUCAAUCAUUUUCAUGUGGUUGUGAGUAAUAUUCUAGUCUAGAAAUUUGUUUGGGGUUGUUUGUAGGGGGGUACAAGGGAGGUUACCACAAAGUAUAUUAAGGGGUAUAUUAUAUACCUAAAUAGUACCUACUAUUCUCAUCUCUCAUCUGGUACACACAUGACAAACUCGAAUAAAAUAGUAUAAUACAAUAGUGUAACUGUGAAAGUGUAAGAGCAAGUUUAAACAUCUAAUAAGUACAUUUAAGUUUAUAGGUAUUAUUAUUUGUUAUUGUGUAACAACAAGAGAAACAAACAAAUAGUGGGUCGAGGGACGUUCGUUCACCUCAGUCACUCGCAAAUCACAUCACACGUAAACACUACUCACACAAACGCACGCAACAUUAUUCCUCCUUCAUCUGUUCUACCCCGUGUACGUGUAUGACGCAUGUGUGUAUUCACAAUACGAGACAUGUCGUUACAGGUUCACGACAAGACCUUGGUCUGCAUGACUCAUCCUCUUUUAACUUGGUCCAGUGCUCCAGAGUAUACUGUACCGGCAUUACAUCAGCAUUCACCAUUGAGUCGCGGCCGUUAAACGAUAAAAAACGUACGAGUUUUUGAAAACUAUACCGGGAAGAUUUAGAUUUGACUUGAGCAUUAAGCGGGUCUAAAAAUCUAAAAAUUAUAUUCAACACGACUGACACAGUGACACACCGAUUUACGUUCACCCGUCACCCAGAUACUGUAUCUAUAUGAUCAUACGGAUAUUAAUAGAAAUCAAUUUAAACAUGGCACACAUUUCAACUGGAUUGAUAAGUUCACUAAUAGUUUUUAUACUGAUAAUGCAAGAAAAUGUUUCUCGAAGAAUACCAGAAGGAGUUAUUAAUACAAAUAAUGAUUUUGAAUGUCUUACAGACAAUGACUGUUUUGACAAAAAUAGUUAUUGUGAUAUUAGUUUAAAUUUAUGCUCUCAAUGUAUGAAUUGUAGCAUAUAUUUUAGAACAACUAAAACAAGUAUUAAGUGUCCAAAAGAUAUAUCAGAUUGCAGUUCUUGUUUUGAUGGCUAUUUUGAAGAAAUAUUUUUUGGAGGAGAAAUUCAUGAUUUAUGCGUUCCAAAACUUUCAAUAAAUUCUAACAUUUUAUUACCAACACCGGAAAAAAUUAGUUCAAAUUCACAUUGGCAAGAUAUUGGAAUUUUUUUUUUCAUAAUAAAUAUUUUUUUAAUAUUUUUAAUGUGGACCUAUUUUUAUAAAAGAGUUUGGAAUAUAAAUUCAAGUAGCAUGACUGAUUCUAUACAAGAUAAUAUGGAGAACCUACCACCACCAUACGAAAGUUGUAUGAAAUUGAAUAACUAUGUUACAGAUGAUGUCCAAGAGUUUCAUUUGUUUACUGGUGAACAGCCACCAAGAAACGAAUGGAGACACCAGAAUGCAGUACCAUUUCGUUUACCCGAUGAUUCACUAGAGAAUAUUAAUUGUAUGGAUGAAACUGAUAAUCUUGAAGAAGUAGAUGGAGCUGUUGUUAUUAGAGAAAUUGAAGAUCCAGAACUACAGGAUGAGGAAACAAUGCAAAGUGUUUGGUCUCCCCCACCACCACUACCUUCAAUAUCAGAGAUAAUGCAUUUGGAGAAUAAUGAUAAUGAUGAACAAACUUGUCAACCUCCAUUGAAACGCAUAAGACUUGUUCAACAAUCAAUUGAUGAAAAAAGUUAUCAAGAUGAAGAUAAUGCAUCAGACAUGUCUCAAGACGAAUAAUUAUAAGUUAACUAUUAGAUGUAGGUACGAGGUUAAAUCUGAAAACUAGUAUAUAAGUUCAAGUACGUUUUAAAUUGUAAAAGUAAAUUAAAUUUUCUCAUUAAGUAUUUAACUACAAUUUUUAAAUAUAGGUGUGUACUUCUUAGUUUUUUACUUAGUACUUAUAUUAUUUUUAUUUGAUAAUUUUCAAUUGUAAUAUUGUAAAUAAUUACUAAUUAUUUAAAUACAAUUUUUCAAAAAAGACUUGUAUAACUUGAGAAGUCUGAUUAAAUGAUUUUACGAUAAAUAUAUUAUAUAAAUCUACCACACAUUAUGUGUAAAUUUAUU